UCGCUGUCCCGUUCCCGUCGCUCUCCGGUUCCUGUUCCGCCGCCGCCAUGAGCAAGCGGAAGGCCCCGCAGGAGAGCCCCAACGAGGGCAUCACCGACUUCCUCACGGAGCUGGCGAACUACGAGCGCAACGUGAACCGCGCCAUUCACAAGUACAACGCGUACAGGAAAGCGGCCUCCGUGAUCUCCCGGUACCCCAGCAAGAUCCAGAGCGGCGCCGAGGCCAAGAAGCUGGACGGAGUAGGGGCCAAGAUAGCGGAGAAAAUCGAUGAGUUUCUGUCCACGGGGAAGCUGCGCAAGCUGGAGAAGAUUCGUCAAGAUGAUACCAGCGCCUCUAUCAACUUCCUGACCCGAGUCACUGGCAUUGGUCCUGCUGCUGCGAGGAAGUUUGUAGAGGAAGGAAUUAAGACUUUAGAAGAUCUAAGAAAAAAUGAACACAAGCUGACCCAUCACCAGAAAAUUGGGUUAAAAUAUUUUGAAGAUUUUGAGAAAAGAAUCCCACGGAAAGAAAUGCUGCAAAUGCAAGAAAUCGUGCUGAGAGAAGUAAAUAAGCUGGACCCAGAUUAUAUUGCCACAGUCUGUGGCAGUUUUAGACGAGGCGCAGAGUCAAGUGGGGACAUGGAUAUUCUCCUAACUCAUCCAAGUUUCACAUCUGAAUCAUCCAAACAGUCAAAACUCUUGCAUCAAGUGGUAGAACAACUGGAAAAAGUUGGCUUUGUCACAGAUAYGCUGUCUAAAGGUGACACCAAGUUCAUGGGUGUCUGCCAGCUGCCAAAUAAAGAAGAUGGAACAGCCUAUCCACACAGGAGAAUCGACAUCCGGCUCAUUCCGAAAGAUCAGUAUUACUGUGGAGUACUAUAUUUCACAGGCAGUGAUAUAUUCAAUAAGAACAUGAGAGCUCAUGCUCUGGAAAUGGGCUUCACCAUCAACGAAUACACAAUCCGCCACCUGGGCGUCACAGGAGUUGCUGGGGAGGCCCUCCCCGUGGAGUGUGAAAAAGACAUCUUUGACUACAUCCAGUGGAAAUACCGAGAGCCAGAGGACAGGAGUGAAUAACUGCUUYUAGUACCUUAUUUAAUGUAUGUACAGCAGGUUGAGGCAUCUGCUAAGGUUGACUGACCUGAGUUUCUUAAAAAGUCACGUUCUUUCAUGCUAAUUUCUGUAUCUCCCUCCAACUUUGUGUGUAAACCUCCCAGGGCAGCAAAAACUGAAGCAGUUUUUCUGUCCCUUUCUAAGUCCUUCUAUCAUGGCCAUAUGUGAUUGUGACACCCCCUCAUCCUGCAGUGUGUGAUUCACAUUCUUUGUUCCUAGAUUUGCUGUCGUAUUAUCAGUUUGCAGGGUUAACUUCCUGAAAUGAAGUAGCUAAUUAAUCUCUKACAGAGCCUCAGGAUGCCAUGGGUUGCUAUUUUUAAAAACUGCAUAUCAAGUGAGUCAGGUCCAUGGAUUACAGACCUGCGAGCCUGGAAAGCAAACCUCAGCAUUAAGCUCUUUUCUACAUAAUCAGCUCCCCUGUUGCUAAUGCUACAGACRUUUUGGGGCAGCAUAAUGUUCAGAGCUGCUGGCAGGAGGGUUUGCAUCUUUAUUACUAACAGGCUCCUCAACCUGCCUGGCAUUGAAGACUGAUGAUACCUGUUUUCCCCUUAUCUGGAUGAGGUUUAUUCUUAAGGUUUUAUUUGCUCAUACGGUCUCCAGUACCAAGAGUGAGUGACAUUAAGUAUGUAAGAUUGAUGCUUUUUGCCCUUUUUUUUCCCCCUCAUCCCCGGGGGAGUGGUGCUGUG